CGGGUCAGUUUGGCGCGAGUCCGCUUGGGGGCGGAGCCAGCGUUGCUACAACACUCCGCCACAGCGUUCUUUUGGGUUCCAGCGGCUGAAGAGUGCGGACGUGCUUCUUGGGCUCCCUAAUGGCUCCUAAGAAGAAUGUUGGGGUCACUAAGGGCAAGGGCCUAGCCGAAAAGGUUCCGGGCAAGCACCUGCUCCCUUCAAACCUGGCCUCUUUGGACGAACUUGACAUCCCAAUGGAAGAUCUCAAGAACUUACUGGCUCGAGUAGCUGCACUGGAAAGGAGGAACGGAAAAAUGACUCCCUCCAGUUCUAGGCCAGUUCGCUUAGCUAGUAAGCGUUUGCUCAUAAAAUCUCUUCUUUCCCGUAUCUCUGCCUUAGAGGAGUCCAGAAGAAAGAGGGCCGCGAGUUCUGGCCAACCCACAGUCAAGCUGGAGGAUCCUACCAAGACGCUGGAGACAGCUCCCCAGGUGCACAUAUUGGAGCCAUCAUUGUCAAGCAGACCCGCAAGUAACACCCAAGUGGCCAGACCCGCAAGUAGCACCCAUGUUGCUGGACCCGCAAGUAGCACCCAUGUUGCCAGACCCGCAAGUAGCACCCAAGUUGCCAGACCCGCAAGUAACACCCAAGUGGUCAGACCCACAAGUAACACCCAAGUGGUCAGACCCGCAAGUAACACCCAAGUGGCCAGACCCGCAAGUAACACCAACACAAAUUCACAAGCUAGUGCUGCCCAAAAGUCAACAACAUCAGUGCUGCAGCCUCAGAAUUGCUGGCCUCAGCAGCCCUGCCAGCAGGAUUUAGGGACAAUAACUAGUGUCCAGACAUUGCCAGACAGACAUGGUCCCUAUCAUCAAUAUUGGGGAACUCCUGAGUGGCCUCUGAAGGAUACCCAUGAGAGCAACAGCAUUGGGUUGGGUGGACACCUUGCACGAAAAACAAUAGACAAAAUACUGAGGGGAGAAUACAUAGAUAUAUUUUCACUGAUGUUUAGAGAACCGGAUGAAUCGGACGAUGAAGAAGAGGAAGAAAUGAGAAGAGUCGAUCAAAAUUGGAGUAAUUGGUUUCCAUGUUUUUUAAUAUACGCUAGUGUUAUAAUAAAAGCAUAUCCAGCCAGAGCGCAUUCACUAAUUCAGUAUUUGAACAUUAUCCACAAUGCUUAUAUGAAGUUUAGGGGCAACGCUUGGUUGCGUUAUGAUGAGUGUUUUAGAACCAAAGCAGCUUGGUGUCCCACGUUGCGAUGGGAUCUCAUUGAAAUGCACCUGUGGCUGCAGUUAAUGACCUCUGCACGGACGACUCGGGGAGAAAAGGGUGACAGCGGCCAUAUCAUUCUAAAUUUCGAAGAGGGAGAGCGCUUUUGGCCAAGGCCCCGCCAGCAGCGACAACAGAGUGCGGUGUGCUGGGUAUACUCCUCUCAGGGUGAGUGCUUCAGAAGGGUUUGCAGAUUCCAACAUUGCUGUUCGAUCUGCAAUGGAACGCAUUCAUCCAAAUUUUGCAAUAGAGAAAAUCCCUGAAAACCAUCUGAAAGGAUAAUCAAUAUCCCAAAAUGGUACAGGGGACUUCUUCCCUUUUUCAAAGGGCCCCAGUGUUGUAUCUCAGUAUCAUUCACAGCAGGUUGAUGGGUUCACUGAUUAUUUUGAGUCAGAUGUGAUUGUGGGCUUUCCUUUUUGAAGCAGGCCCUGGGAUUCAGUCUUGUGCAGAAGGCCAUUCUCAUGCAGAGUCAGAAAAUAAAACUACUUUAGACACAAGCACAGAUGGACCUGAGAAUAGAAUUGCCUCUAUUGCAGUGGUUUUCAAACUGUGGGUCCCCAGAUGUUUUGGCCUCCAACUCCCAGAAAGCCUAACAGCUGGUAAACUGGCUGGGAUUUCUGGGAGUUGUAGGCCAAAACAUUUGGGAACCCACAGGUUGAGAAACGCUGCUCUAUUGCCUUCAAGGCCAUUCACGGGAGUUGGAAUCAUCCUCUCCAGAUAAGGAGUCCAGCAAAGACGAAUUGAUUAGAAAUUCUCAUUGGUGACAUUAACCUGAGUUAGGAGGCCCACCUGCAAAUUCAAGUAGAUAGGCAGCUUCGUAGGUCAACACAUCUCAGUUGGAAGUGAAUCAUAAUGUUUUCAUGUCUAUAAGGAGCUGCGGGCUCUUUGCUCUUCAGUUCAGGCAACAUGGCUUUUAAGUUACACUCAAGCCUGGGUUCUCUAGUUCUUGUUUUGGGAUUCAAGUAGCUUCGUAGGUCAACGCAUCUCAGUUGGAAGUGAGUCAUAAUGUUUUCAUGUCUAUAUAUUAGGAGCUGCAGGCUCUUUGCUCUUCAGUUCAGGCAACAUGGCUUUUAAGUUACACUCAAGCCUGGGUUCUCUAGUUCUUGUUUUGGCAUUCAAGUAUUCUGGGAAUUUUCCCAUGUUUUUCCAUGUUCAUGUCGUGUAUCCUUGUUCAAGUUUGGCCAAUGGACUCAAGUUGUUUUUGGAUUUUGGACUAUUCUUGAACUGUCUUGCUUGUGUAUGUGCAAGAGACAUUUGAUUGCUGACUUUUUGGAUUUUACACCUGCUUUCCCUAUUCCUUUUUUUUUUUACUAUAUAUUUUUUGUGUGAUUUUUACAAUAAACUGUUUUAUCUUUA